AUCCACCUAUAGGUGAACAAUGUGCCAAAUCCAGCACUGUAUAAAUAGCAUCCAUAUGUUACAAUCUCAUCACAAAUUCAUAUUAUGGCUUCCAAACCGGGCAUCCUUACAAACUGGCCUUGGAAACCUCUUGGGAGCUUCAAGUUCGUGAUUCUAAGUCCAUGGAUUGCUCAUAGCAUAUACUCUUUCAUAUGGGUGGAACAGGACCCAUCAUACUAUAUCAUAUUUCCUUAUAUGUUUGUGAGAAUGCUACACAGCCAGAUCUGGAUUUCUAUCUCACGCUAUCAAACUGCUAAAGGCAAAAACAGAAUUGUUGACAAAUGCCUAGAAUUCGAACAAGUCGACAGAGAAACCAACUGGGAUGAUCAAAUAUUGUUGACUGCACUAACCUUCUAUAUACUAUACACAAUAUUUCCUAUGGCUGCUAACUUACCAUGGUGGAGAACAGAUGGUGUGGUUCUUACAGCUCUCUUGCAUGCUGGACCAGUGGAGUUCUUAUACUAUUGGCUACAUAGAGCACUUCAUCAUCAUUAUCUAUACUCUCGUUACCAUUCUCAUCAUCAUUCUUCAAUUGUCACCGAGCCUAUCACUUCUGUGAUACACCCAUUUGCUGAGAUAUUGGCAUAUUUCACACUUUUUUUUAUCCCAAUAUUGACAACAAUGUUCGUAAAAAAAUCGUCUAUUGCUGCGGUGUAUGGUUAUAUCUUUUACAUCGAUUUUAUGAACAACAUGGGUCAUUGCAAUUUUGAGUUCUUUCCUAAGAAACUCUUCUCCUACUUUCCCCUAUUGAAGUAUCUCUCGUACACACCAUCGUUUCAUUCGCUGCAUCACACAAAAUUUAGGUCAAAUUACUCACUCUUCAUGCCUAUAUAUGACUACAUUUAUGGUACAGUGGAUGCAUCCACAGAUGCUACAUAUGAAUCUUGUUUGAAGAGACAAGAGGAAUCACCAGAUGUGGUGCACUUAACACAUUUAACAACACUUGAUUCUAUCUUUCAACUACGCUUAGGGUUUGCUUCCUUAGCCUCCAACCCUCAAACUUCUAAAUGGUAUCUCAAUUUAAUGUGGCCUUUUACAUUGUGCUCUAUGCUUGUGACUUGGAUUAGUGGGCAUGCCAUUGUUUUAGAAAGUAACUUCUUCAAAGAUCUCAAGCUGCAGUGUUGGCUUAUACCAAGAUUUAAAAUACAAUAUUUCUCUAAAAAACAGUGUAUCAAGAUAAACAAAUUGAUUGAAGAGACAAUAAUGAUGGCUGAUUUAAGUGGAGUAAAGGUGAUAAGUCUAGGACUUUUAAACCAGAGACAAGAGAUCAGUGCACACUGCGCAGUUUAUAUUGAAAGGCUUCCAAAUCUGAAGAUUAAAGUUGUAGAUGGUAGUAGCUUAGUUGUUGCUACUGUGCUUAACAACAUUCCCAAAGGGACCAAUCAAGUGCUACUCAGGGGCAAGUUUAAUAAGGUUGCUUUGGCCAUUAUUAAUGCUUUAUGCAGUAAAAAUGUACAGGUGACUGUAUUAUAUAGGGAUGAGCUGAAAGAACUUGAACGAAGGGUCGCCGUGUCCGAUGGAAGCUUGGCUCUAUCACCAAUCAAUACUCCAAAGACAUGGUUAGUUGGAGAGGACUGGGAUGAAGAUGAGCAAAUGCAAGCAUCAGAAGGAUCAUUGUUCAUACCUUUUUCUCAUUUUCCUCCAAAGAAAAUGCAAAAAGGUUGCCUGUACCACUAUACACCAGCAAUGAUCACUCCUACUACACUCGUAAACUUGCACUCGUGUGAGAACUGGCUUCCAAGAAGAGUCAUGAGUGCUUGGCGCAUUGCUGGAAUAAUUCAUGCCUUAGAAGGAUGGGAUGCUCAUGAGUGUGGCGACACUGUAUUUAACAUUGAGAAAGUAUGGGAAGCAAGUAUUCGUCAUGGUUACCUACCCCUUAAGAUUCCACAAAAAUUAAACAAGUUUGGAUAAACAGCUUAAAUAAAUAGCAUAAGCACUUACCAGAAAAGUGCGUUUAUAUAAGUAGAUAAAUAAGUCCCUUAAUUUUGAGUCCUCAUUAUUAAUGCAUAUUUUUAGUUAGGCUUGGGACUUUUGUAAGAUCGUGUAUUAUUACAAUAAGGCAAAUAUCUGCCAUGGUUUUCAACCUCUAAAUGCCAUUUAAGCUGUUACUACUGUUGUGUCAAAAUCAUAAUAAAAUGCCUCAAAAAAAAUCAUAAUAAAAAUACUACCUCUGUUCUAAA